AUGGCUGUUGGCGGCUGUUUCUGCGGCAAUGUCCGAGUUGAACAUCAUGGCCAGCCUCUAACGACGGCACUGUGCCACUGUCUCGAUUGUCGCAAGCUUACUGGGUCACUCUAUACCUACAGCUUCAUCGUCAAGACCGCAGAACUGGAGAUCUCUGGAAGUCCGAAAGCAGUGGCCAAAAUAUCGGACAGCGGAAAUCCUAUUGAGAACUAUAUCUGUCCCGACUGUGGCACCCUGCUUUUCGGACGGAAGACAAACUCCAACGGAGAUCCUGACGAGCUUACAGUCCUCCGGGCAGGAAUAUUUGAUGACAUGGGAAUGUUGAAUGAACGGAAGCCUGAAAUCGAGAUAUACACUGAUAGACGGUUAAACUGGGUUUCUCCAGUUGAGGGGGCUCGUCAAUUUAGCGGCAUGUUGUCACUAUCAUCUAUAUAA